AUUAACUUCAUCUGAGGAGAGAGCAGACUUUCAUCUGCUAUUCAACUGACUUACCCUCAUGCUGCAGGUGUUUUCUUUCAAGGUGGUCUGUGAAAUGCAGGAGAAGUUAAGGGUGCGAAGUGAGCCUCUUUUUGAGGAGAGCAGACAGCUUCCAUUCCGCUGCCCGCGAUGUGGGGAGCGAGAGAGGUUCCGCAGUCUGUUGUCCCUGAGGGCUCAUCUCGACUACCACCACACCUACAGCACUGUGCACAACCUCAGCCUGGCCACCAGGGGGCGUCCUGUAAACGUGCUGCUGGACCACAGGAAGGCCCAGGAUGCCAGCAGCACUGAGAGGUGUAAAAGUUCAUCAGUGGUGAAGUGCUGCUCAGUGGACUGCCUGGGGAGGUGGAACCUGAAACACACAGGGGUAGGCCUGUCACUGUGCCCCAGCAAUGAGGUGUCAGAGGACCUCCCAGACAGAGGGGGUGCUACUGAGCCGCCCAGCAGUAGAGGAGUGGACACAGUCCCUGUGCAGGCCCAACUCAGGCGCAGGGUGGAGGACAUGCUGAGGGCAGCUGACAGCAGCGUGGAGCGGAGGCUGCAGCAGCGAGUGCAGUCCCAGCACCGGGUUCAGCAGCAGAGGGGGCCAUGCGAGGGGGAGAGGGGGCCGUGCGAGAGGGAGAGGGGGGCGUGCGAGAGGGAGAGGGGGGCAUGUGAGAGGGAGAAGGCUCUCAGCAGGCAGGUGGACACGGCCGUCAUUGUGAUCGCCACCCUGCGCGGGCAGCUUUCAGAGUCGCACCUGGAGCUGGAGAGGAAGGAGCGGGAGAUUGACAGUAUUCACCACUUUCUGGAAGUGGCUGUUCAGCAUGAAACAUGUGGGAAACUUCAUCUUCAAAACUUCAUUGAGAACAUCUUACAACGCAUUGCUUCAGCUGAGACGCUUCUGGAAUAUUAUCAAAGAGCCUCAAAUCAGCCUAACUGUACAACCCACAGUGUGUCACCAACAGCUGAGAAUGGACCACAAAGAAUGACCAAACGCAGGUCAGCAGAGCAGCCUGUGGCGUCUGCUUUUCCCAAAUCCUCCACUAACCGCUGCAGACCUGAGCAGCAGUUCUGAGUGAGGACCCAGUGCAGACAGUCAGGCCGCUGUGAGGCCCACACACCAACAGCCUGUUCAGUCCUUUAAAUUUAGAAGGUAUACACCUGAAACCAUCCACAAUGCAAGCACAGAGCAUAUUAGCAGCACCACUGACUCUGAUGGAAGGUUCAUUUCCAAGAAUUUGACUCUUAGCAAAGCGUCUUCAAAGAUGGGAAAAACCAUGAAUGUAGCAAACUUUUAAACAGAUUGUUUAGUUUAAUUGCAGUCAUCCAGUCAGCUAGAGUGGCCACUGUUACGACGCGGUUUCAGCGAAGGCUGUUUCUCAUGCACCAUAUGGGGCAGGUUGCUGCUGUUUACUGCAUCACCACCUUUGUUAGAAGUGCAGAUGUUUGUGUCCUUUUGCAAGAGCUCAGUGUUGUGUAUAAGUAACCAUAGUACAUCCAUUGUUAAGUUGUUUCCGGUGUAAUUUGUAUUUGUUUGGUACUGUGUACAAAGUGGAAGGUUAUGAAAGGGGAAAAUACACUCUGAAUUAAUUAUUAUGAAUAAUUCAGUCAUUAUGGCUCUGUUUUUUUGCUGUCCGAUCAUAAGUAUUAAGCAAUAAUGUGCUACAUUAUUAAAUAAUUAUAUUUCUGCCGCUUUCACACUGACCCUCUUCUGUGUCCAGUGCUGUGUGUUUAAAUGAUGAUGAAGUCAGACCUCUCACUUAUCAUUAACUCACCCUGACCCUAAUCAUACCUCUCACUCAUCAUGAAUUCACCCUAACCCUAGCCCUGACCCUAAUCAUACCUCUCACUCAUCAUGAAUUCACCCUAACCCUAGCCCUGACCCUAAUCAUACCUCUCACUCAUCAUGAAUUCACCCUAACCCUAGCCCUGACCCUAAUCAUACCUCUCAUUAUCAUUAAGACAAAUCCCUGUGUAUACCAAACAUCCUCAGAAUGUGAUACUGUAACAUUAAUUUCUUUUGUGGUAUUUUUCUAUGCUAUAUAUUUCUGAGGGUUUUCGGAUAUCAUUUCUGCAGGUGAUCUGAAACAUGUUUUAAAAAGCUGACAACAUUAAAUGUAGGCAGUGCAGCCAGGUAUGCUGUCAGAGUGCAUGCAUUGCCUUUAGAUGGUGAAUAUGAAUAUGUUAUGAAUAACUUGCACAAAGUGUGUUUUCCUUAUAAAGUAUUUUUUCAAAGUGAAAUAUCUGUUUGCACAUAAAUAAGGAUAAAAUCCUUAACACUGACAGGCAGGUGCAGAAUGUAAUUGUGUACAUAUCCUUGUGUAAUGCCUGUAGAGGUAUAUUAAUAUUUUAUGUUGUUGAUAUUCAGUCCUGUUGAAUUCACAUUUCAGUUUACAUGGGUGACAUGUCAGAGUAGUCAUUUAUGUGUGUGUCUCUGUAAAACACUGCAGAACGCAGCUGGAAGUUCUCAGACCUG